GAAGAAAAACAGAUUAAACAAUGGGCGGAUCACUUCAAAGGACUCUUGAACCGACCACCACCUGCAACCCGUCCAGAAAUACCAACAACAGCGCACACACAACUGCAAGUUGACACCAAUCCUCCAACGAAAGCUGAAGUCUUGAAUGCAAUCAAGCUUCUGAAAGCUGGAAAAGCAGCCGGACCAGAUGGAAUACCCCCUGAAGCACUGAAAGCGGACCCAGAGACUACAGCAGACAUGCUGACUCCAUUAUUGCAAAAGGUCUGGAAGGAGGGAAAGGUGCCUACUGACUGGAGGAAAGGUUACCUCGUGAAACUACCAAAGAAGGGCGACUUAGGCCUCACUCUGCAAGAACUGGCGAGGAAUCAUGCUCCUGUCGACGCCAAGUAAAAUCCUGAGUCGCAUCAUCCUGGAGAGAUUAAAGGACGCACUGGAGACAGAACUCCG